AUGGAUUUUAAAAGUUAUCUAAAGGUGUUUGAAACAAAUACAUUAAACAAAUAUAAUCGUGUGGAGUGGCAGUUUCUUAAGGGGAUUAUGGAAAAGAUGGGUUUCCCAGCAUUGUGGAUAGAAAGGGUGAUGAGUUGUGUCACUACUCCAACUUUCUCUAUUCUGGUGAAUGGUAAACCUUGUGGUAUGAUACAUCCAUCAAGAGGAAUACGACAAGGUGAUUCAUUAUCACCAUAUCUAUUUCUCUUGUGUGUAGAAGGCUUUACGGCUUUGUUGGCAAAAGCAGAAAUUGAAGGGAGGAUUAAAGGGGUUUUCAUAUGUAGAGGGGCACCCAGAAUUACCAACUUACUAUUUGCUGAUGAGUCUCUGAUGUUUUGUCAAGCUAUACAGAAUGAAGGGCAAGUUGUAAUGGAAAUUCUUCAAACAUAUGCACAGGCUUUAGGACAAUGUGUGAAUUUGGAGAAAUCUUCAGUUUAUUUCAGCAAUAAUACCAUAGGCAAUCAAAGGCAAUUGAUGCUACAGAUUCUAGGGGUGAAGGAGGUGGAGAGAUUUGAAUCUUAUCUAGGGCUGCCAACAUUGAUUGGAAGAGCUAAGUAUCAUACUUUUUCUUAUUUAAAAGACCGAAUCUGGAAGAAGCUGCAAGGUUGGAAAGGUAUGUUGUUAUCAAGAGCCGGAAAGGAAAUGUUGAUAAAGGCGGUGGCCCAAUCUAUCCCCACUUACACAAUGAGUGUGUUCCAACUUCCUAUGAAACUAUGUGAUGAACUGAGUAGCAUGUGUGCUAGAUUCUGGUGGGGUCAAGUAGUUGAUGAAAGGAAAAUCCAUUGGAAGAGGUGGGAUAAGCUGUCAAUUUCAAAGAAGGAAGGUGGUAUGGGUUUACAGGAUUUGAGAGAUUUUAAUUUAGCCAUGUUGGCUAAACAAGGUUGGCGAUUGAUCCAAGGGAAUGACUCUUUGCUAUACAGGUGUUUCAAAGCAAGAUAUUUCCCUCGGUCUUCUUUUCUAGAGGCCAAAGAAUUGCUUGGUUGUUCCUAUGUGUGGAGAAGUAUAUUGACUACCUUGCUUAUUCUUAGAUUGGUUCUUGUUGGAGGGUUGGUAAUGGGUCUUCCAUAA